AUGUCUGCAGCAGGCCGGCACGACCCGUUUGCCCCUGCAUGCUCAUCCGCGCACUCGCCCGCAUUCCCGUCCGACGACCCAGACGAGCUCGACUUCCUCGGCGGCAAUGACGACGACGACAAAGACGAGGACGGCGACGGCGCCCGCCACGUGCUCGACGACGACCCAAUCCACCACGAUGAUUUUUCGACGCCCAUCUCGUUCAAGCGCAAGCCGAAGCCCUCGCUCCUCUCCAGCCCCGGCCGGCUGCUCUCGGCGCUGACGGGCGGCGGCGGCGACGGCGGCAGCAACAGCAGCAGGACGUCGCCGCCACGAUCCCCGGCCGCCGCCUUUGCGAUAACGUCACCGCCGCGGCCGCGGCCGGGCACCACAGGUAGCGGGCUGGUGAUCAACAAGGACGGAGGAGGAGGGACCACGGCGCCGCUGGACUGGCACGUCGAGGGCCCCGGACGCCGCGUCGGCUACGACGACCUCACGGCCAUUGAUUGGAUCUUCGAGUACACCAAGGAGCGCCAGCGCCUGCGCGUGCUGACGGCCAACACGAGCGGCCUGGUCGGCUACGUGCGCAAGCUGCUCGACGCCAGCGAGGUCUGGGUCGUCAUGAUCCUGACGGGGCUGGCCGUCGGCGCCAUUGCCGCGCUCAUCAACAUCACCACCGACUGGCUCGGCGACCUGAAGCUCGGGUACUGUUCGAGCGGGCCCGAAGGCGGCCACUUUUACCUGAACAAGAGCUUCUGCUGCUACGGCUACGACCAGGGCUCCAAGUGCGACGGCUGGAAGUCGUGGGGCGAGGCGCUGGGAGUGCAUGCGGUCGCUGGCAGAUGGGUUAUAGAGUACAUCUUGUUCUCUUUCUUGUCGAUUUUAUUCGCGCUAUGCGCUGCUGUAUUAGUACAGGAAUACUCGCUCUAUGCCAAGCAUAGCGGCAUUCCUGAAAUCAAGACGAUUCUUGGCGGCUUCGUCAUCCGCCGUCUGCUCGGCGCCUGGACGCUCGUCGCCAAGUCGCUGGGACUCAUCCUCGCGGUGGCUUCCGGCAUGUGGCUCGGCAAGGAGGGCCCGUUGGUCCAUGUGGCCUGCUGCUGCGCCAACAUCUUCACCAAGCUCUUCCACAACAUCAACGGAAACGAGGCACGAAAGAGGGAGGUGCUGUCCGCGGCGGCGGCGGCGGGCAUCUCGGUUGCCUUUGGCUCACCUAUUGGCGGCGUCUUGUUUAGCUUGGAGCAGCUGUCGUAUUACUUCCCCGACAAGACCAUGUGGCAGAGCUUCGUCUGCGCCAUGACGGCGGCAGUGUCACUGCAGGCCUUUGACCCCUUGCGCUCCGGAAAGCUGGUUUUGUACCAGACCAAAUACAGUCGGGACUGGCACGGAUUCGAAAUCUUUCCCUAUGCCAUCCUUGGUAUUAUUGGAGGCGUCUAUGGCGGGCUGUUUAUCAAGACCAACAUGCUCGUUGCGCGCUGGAAAAAGGCGAGCAACUGGCUGCCCGGGCCCAUUGUCCAAGUGCUGGCCGUGGCCCUGCUGACCGCGCUCAUCAACUUCCCCAACCACUACAUGAAGGUGCAGUCGACCGAGCUCGUGUCCAACCUGUUCCAGGAGUGCUCCCAGGUGCUUGACGACCCGGUCGGGCUGUGCAAGACGGGCGCGGCGUCCGCCAGCACGAUCGUGCUGCUCCUCUUCGCCGCGCUGCUGGGCUUCCUCCUCGCCGCCAUCAGCUUCGGCCUGCAGAUCCCGGCCGGCAUCAUUCUGCCGUCCAUGGCCAUUGGCGCGCUCGUCGGCCGCGCCGUCGGCAUCGUCAUGGAGAUUUGGGUCGACAGCCACCGCGGCUUCAUCCUCUUCCAGGCGUGCGAGCCCGACACACCGUGCAUCACGCCGGGUACCUACGCCAUCAUCGGCGCCGCGGCCGCCCUCACCGGCGUCACGCGCAUGACCGUCUCCAUCGUCGUCAUCAUGUUUGAGCUCACCGGCGCGCUCACCUACGUGCUGCCCAUCAUGGUCGCCGUCAUGAUCUCCAAAUGGGUCGGCGACGCCUUCUCCCGCCGCGGCAUCUACGAGUCCUGGAUCCACUUCAACGAGUACCCUUUCCUCGACAACAGCGAGGAGGUUGUCGUCCCCGACACGCCCGCCGCGCACAUCAUGACGCGCAUCGAGGACCUCGUCGUCCUCACCGCCGUCGGCCACACGAUCGCCUCGCUCAACGACAUCCUCGCCACCCACCCCUGCCGCGGCUUCCCCGUCAUCUCGGACCCCCGCGACGCCAUCCUCCUCGGCUACAUCUCCCGCGCCGAGCUCAGCUACAACAUACACACCGCGUCCGCGCCGCCCCGCAGCCUGCCCCCGCUCACCGAGGCCUUCUUCACCCACCAGCCGCUCGCCGACCCCCGCACGACGCUGGACCUGCGGCCCUGGAUGGACCAGACGCCGCUCACGCUGCCCUCGCGCACGAACCUCCAGCUCGUCGUCUCCUACUUUCAGAAGCUCGGCCUGCGGUACGUGCUGUUUAGCGAUCGCGGCGUGCUCCAGGGCCUGCUCACGAAAAAGGACGUCUGGUACGUGCUGAACGGCGCCGACGAGACGCGCCGCACGACGGCGGGUGGUGCGCCGGCUCACCAGCCUGGUGCCGCUGGGAGAGGCGUGGCCCGAUCAGGACCAGAUGAGACGUUGCUGGGAUCGGAUGAUGAAGUGGAUGAUGACGGUGUUGCUCGUCCGCGUAGUCCAAUGCUAUAG